CUGCUUGACCAUUGACUGGAGGUAGGUGCCGACGAUUUAAAUUUGAAACGGCAGAGAGAGAGAGAGUCCGUUCAAGAUAAGGUACAAAGUCAGACCACCAUCCAUCCAUGACAUACAGCCGGCCGCAGCAAGAAAUUCCCUGGUUCCGGAUGCAACAUAACGAAUUCCGACAUUAUUUUCUUGCCAAACACUAUUAAUUAAGAAAACGAUCGCACGCCUGACGGAAAAGCCCGCUGGCCCCUGGGUUCUGGGUGCCCGGUCACAAAAGGGGGGCUGCGGACGCCAGAAGAGACGAAACCCGGGGGCUAGGGAGGGAGUCUCCAGCGACUUCUUCCACCACCCCACUCCACACGGCCAUUCAAAACGUCGGACUCUCGUUGAUUCCGAGCCAUACAAACGAAGGAGCCCCACAACAAGUCAACAGCGUCCGCAUCCAUCCCGUAAUAAAAAUUAGAAACAUGGAAAAAAAAAAAAAUCAAUCCAAUCCAGAGGGGAAAGAAUGAGGAAAAAAAGAACUGGUCUUUGGGCUUAGGAAUUCCAGAAUUUAUUAUAGCAUUAUUACAUGGUAGGUAUGAAUUCAACUAGAAGCUACUCGUAAACCAGGCCAUUUAUAUCCCAAGAACUCUAGGAAAACCACAUGUUGCUUGGUACGAGGGUGGCAUCUUUAGAUACAUACAUAUAGCUUAAAUUUUCUCAGAGAGAGAGAGGGAGAGAUGGAAGGAGGCAUGCCGUUCUGGCAAACCCUGAUCCUCUCCUCGAUCUUGGGAUGGGUGCUGGCGUCGUCGGCGUUCGAUCUGACCCGGAGGGUGAGAGCCCUGACGCAGCCCUGGGUCACCCGCCGCGUCAUCGUCGAUACCCCUUCCAUCCUUCGGUUGCAGAGGAUUCAGCAUCGCUUCUUGGAUAAUAUGUUCUCGGUGCUGUCCUGCGUCGUGUCCGUGCCCUUUUACACCGGAUUUCUUCCUCUUCUCUUUUGGAGUGGGCAUAGCAAAUUGGCCAGGCAGAUGACCCUGUUGAUGGCUUUCUGCGAUUACAUUGGAAACUCCAUAAAGGAUAUGGUAUCGGCUCCAAGACCCAGCAGUCCUCCUGUGAGAAGAGUGACUGCUACUAAAGAUGAGAAGGAGAAUGCCAUGGAAUAUGGAUUGCCUUCUUCACAUGCUCUCAACACUGUUUGCCUCUCCGGCAGAUAUUUGCUGCACUAUGUUCUGACUCAUGGUGUUCAAAAUGGUGUCACGGUUGCUGUUGGGUUUGCUUUAAUUUUCACACUUGUCAUGCUAAUCGGCAUAGGGAGGAUAUAUUUGGGCAUGCAUAGUUUGAUUGAUGUUGCUGCUGGGAUCAGCUUUGGGCUUGUUAUCCUUGCCUUUUGGUUGACAAUCCAUGGAUUUGUUGAUGAUUUUAUUAUAUCUGGGCAAAAUGUUACGUCCUUCUGGGCUAGCCUUUCUUUCCUGUUGUGUUUUGCAUAUCCUACUCCAGAAUUCCCAACUCCAAGCUUCGAAUACCACACAGCAUUUAAUGGUGUUGCCUUCGGAAUCGUGAGUGGAAUCCAGCAAACUUACUUUCAUUUUCACCAUGACGGCGUACCACACAUAUUUAGCCCACAGCUACCCCUUCUUGUCUUCUUGGGAAGGAUGUUGGUUGGCAUACCCACCAUACUCGUAGUGAAGUUCUGCAGCAAGGCCAUAGCCAAGUGGUUGCUCCCUGUGAUGUGCAACACUUUGGGCAUCCCAAUAGUGUCCUCAUGCUAUGUCCCAGCAUUGAGAGGAUCUGAUAGCGGUAAGAGCAAGUCUGAUGGUAAGCAAUUGGGUUAUCUUCAGAGAGUGACUUCUUUCUUCCCUCGGAAAGCAUAUGAUGUUGACACUGGAAUAAGGUUUCUCCAGUAUGCUGGCCUUGCAUGGUCGGUGGUGGACUUGGUUCCAUCACUCUUCUCUCAUCUAAAUUUGUAGCAGGUAUACGUACUCUACAAAUGAGAGUUGUAGCCUGUUUCGAUUCGCAGUUUCUCACAUUGCUCUUAUGAAGUUGUAAAUGAAAUCUUUUGUUGAUAUUGAUUUUGUAAAUUAUUGCCUUUCAAAUACGAGUUAUCUGUGCCUUAAAA